UCCAGCGCGUCGCAUCGCUGAGCGGUGUUCAGCACGGAUAGCCAGCGCAGAGCUCACCUGGCUCCGCCGAGAUAUUUAUAUUUUUAUUUUUGUUUGUGUGUUUGGACCGACGGAGAGCCCCGACGUCACUAUGCCAGGUAGAGACUGAAGGGAGGUUUGGGUCGUGAGGAGGAGGGGUGUAACGCUGCGGGUGUGUUUGGGGUGGCCUCUCCAUCGCAGUGAACACCUUUCGGGCUUGGAGCGCUCUCGGACGCACCAAAGAUGAUGGAAGGCUGGCCGCCGCUGCUGUUGCUGUUGCUGGCUCUCCUCGCCAUUGCGGGAGGCGGCCUCGGGGCAGACACAGAGGAGCGCUUGGUGGAGCAUCUCCUAAAUCCAGCCCACUACAACAAACUGAUCCGUCCUGCGACUAAUGGCUCCGAGCUGGUUACUGUGCAGCUGAUGGUGUCGCUGGCCCAGCUCAUCAGCGUGCAUGAAAGAGAACAGGUGAUGACCACGAACGUCUGGUUAACACAGGAGUGGCAGGACUAUCGUCUGACUUGGGUCCCCGAGGAGUUUGAUGGAAUGAUGAAGGUCAGACUGCCCUCAAAACACAUCUGGCUGCCUGACGUGGUGCUCUACAACAAUGCUGACGGAGUGUACGAGGUGUCAUUCUACUCUAACGCAGUGGUCUCCUACGACGGUAGCAUCUUCUGGUUGCCCCCGGCGAUCUAUAAGUCAGCAUGUAAGAUCGAGGUCAAGCACUUUCCCUUCGACCAGCAGAACUGCACAUUGCGCUUCCGCUCCUGGACUUACGACCGCACUGAGAUCGAUCUGGUGCUCCGCGCUGAUGUGGCCAGCAUGGACGACUUUACGCCCAGUGGAGAGUGGGACAUCAUUGCCCUGCCAGGCAGACGAAAUGAGAACCCAGCUGACCCCACCUACGUGGACAUCACGUACGACUUCAUCAUUCGUAGGAAGCCUCUUUUUUACACCAUUAACCUCAUCAUCCCGUGCGUGCUCAUCACUUCACUGGCAAUCCUGGUCUUCUACCUGCCAUCUGACUGUGGCGAGAAGAUGACGCUUUGCAUCUCUGUGCUGCUGGCGCUCACUGUGUUCCUGCUGCUGAUCUCCAAGAUCGUCCCGCCCACUUCGCUAGAUGUCCCUCUCGUGGGGAAGUACCUGAUGUUCACCAUGGUCCUGGUCACUUUCUCUAUUGUCACCAGUGUCUGUGUUCUCAAUGUGCACCACCGAUCGCCCACCACACACACUAUGCCACCUUGGGUUAAACUGGUGUUCCUCAACAAGCUUCCCGCCUUGCUCUUCAUGCGCCAGCCCAGGAACAGCUGUGAGCGCCAGCGGCUGCGCCAAAGAAGAAGGGCCCAGGAACAGAAGGAUGGUGGGCGCUGCGGGGAGGCAGGGGCCUUGAUGGUAGGGCUCGGGCUGGGCGCCGCUAGUGGGAACGGAGGCGGAAACUCCACAGGGGUGUUCGGCAAGGAGGACAGUGACCCUUGUACCUGCUAUGUGAACCGGGCAUCUGUUAAACAGUUUGGAGGGGAUCUGGGGGGUGCAGGAGGGGGAUCCAUGGAUGGGCUUAACCGGGUGAGGGAGGGACGGGAAGGGGGUUCUGGAAACCUACCACGGGGGAAGCAAGCCACAGGGGGUCCUGCUCUGACUCAGGCCCUGCUAGCUCAAGCCUGUCCAGGCUUUGAGGAGGCUGUGGAAGGAGUACGCUUCAUCGCCAAUCACAUGAAGAGUGAGGAUGAUGAUCAGAGUGUAAGCGAGGACUGGAAGUAUGUUGCCAUGGUGAUCGACCGCCUAUUCCUGUGGAUCUUUGUGUUUGUGUGCGUUUUCGGCACAAUGGGCAUGUUUCUGCAACCGCUCUUCCAGAAUUACACAGUCAAGACCAUCACCAGCCCGCCAGGCUGACCAUUCACAGGCUGCGAACGUGAUGACGGACAGCUCCUCCGACCGGUCAGCUCAGGAGGACAAGGGCUGGAGGUCGGGGGGGGCGGGUCUGGGUUUUAUUGUGUCUCUUGUGACUGGAACCAGAACUGGAACUGAACAGCAAUCAUUAUCUUUAUAGUAACAUUUUUUGCAAUGAACAACGUUUUUCUUGUAUGAAGAGAAAAAGGAAAACACCAUCAUACUCUUACUUGGCGUUUUUUUGUCCAGAUGUUUAAUGGACUGACCUCCCCUUUCUGGUGGAAAGGUCCCUCCCUGCUCUCCUCUUUAGCCGGUCAGGGAGUGAAGAUGCUCUGAUUUGCUCCUUGUAGAACCUUAUGGCAGCCAAUCAACACUUUCUGCUUGAUGCUGACUGCUUAAUUGACACAUGACAUGCCCGCUUUCAGCUAUGACAUUACUCAUCCAUAAUAUUGACUGAUGUCAGUAGAAGCUAAUCAGAAAGGGAAGGGAGGUUCAUAUCUGGGUUCUUAAACAUUUCUUUUAUUUUUUCAGAAGUCCACUAUGUCAGUGAACUGAUUCAG